CCAACUGCUCAUGUUCUUUCCAAGAGAGUGAAAUAGCUUGAAAUUUCCUAUCUUCGAUUCGAAAAUUAGCAGCCAAAAUGAACAUUAGAUGUGCUACGGUAAGCGAAAUUCAAUUAUUUGUCAAAUCUCAAAUUUAUUCCACUUCAGCCAUCCUGUGACACGUACAAAUGCAGCUUCUGGCCGCGAACUAUCAUUGACUGGAAUAGCCUGCCAUCUGAUAUUCAUCAACUGCAAAAUUUAAAGCCUCCACCUAGCCUCUGACUACAUUUUGUCUUGUUGUCGACUGUGUCCACAACUACUCUUUAAAAAUUGUACCGAUUUAAACUUAUAUCCUGCACUACUUUAAUGAUAUAUUUCAGCCAGAGGAUCUCAUGAACAUGCAACACUGUAAUUUGCUGUGCCUGCCAGAAAAUUACCAAAUGAAGUAUUACUUCUACCAUGGUUUGUCAUGGCCACAGGUGAGUUUGAUUUUCGUUGAAGGCAGGUUGGAUUUUUUUGAGAAAAAGCUGAAGCCCUGGAGAGAGAAAGCAGUCUGUGCUGAAAGGAGAGGUUAAGUAUCAGAAGUCUGAAGCUCUAAAGAUUCUUUACAAGGAGACGAGGAAGGAAAUCAUAUAAUGAUGAUGAUGAAUUGCAACUUCUUGCAAUAAGUGCAAGAACUGGAAAUCACCAUUGUAAUCGUUCCUACCAGCACAUGUCCUAGAUUUAAUCCAUUUAUUUUUAUAAGCAUAGAAAGAGUGGCUGAAUCAUUUUGUAAAGAUAUUUAAAGUAAACAGGGUUUCAAAUCCCAGGAUAAAAAAAGGACAUGGUCACUUGAUGAAGAUUGUGCAAUGAAAUCAAAAGCUUGGGUAUGCUAGUAAGUUUUUCUAUCCUGGGAUUUGAAACAUUUUUUACUCAUUUAAUUUUUAAUUUUUAUUGUUAUUUGCUAGUUGUCUUAUGUUGCUGAGGAUGAAAAGGGAAAGAUUGUGGGAUAUGUAUUGGCAAAAAUGUAAGUUUUAAGCAUAUAAUCAACUAGUAUGUGGCCAGUAGUUGGUAAUCUGUGAAAGGCUCCCAGCGAUCUAGCAAGUGUAGACAAAACUUAACUCUGGUUAAGUCUGUCUGUGAAACAGCGCCAAAAUCCUUGUUCUUGGUCCUCAUCCGAGUACCAAGACUGGAGUGUGUGCCAUGAUUGGCUUGUUAAUAAAGCAUUUUGAUUUGACGAAAGGAAAUUCAAAAUGCCGUUCCGAUGAUUUGUUGAGUCUUUUGGGGGUCCAGAACAAUGAUAUCAGUGUUGCUUCACAGACGUUUUAACUGAGGUAACAGUCCUGAUAACUAAAUAUGAUGGAAAAGUAGAGUCAGUUUGAUAAAAAGUAAAAUAUUUUAAAAAACAUUUAAUUUUUACUCACCAUAUCAUAGUGCAACAAAUGAUUCAAAAGUGGGACAAUGAAAAAUUCUUAGGCCCCAAAAAAUUAAAGCGAUAUUCUCCUAAAAGUUUAAUCAUCAUGUUUUUUUUGUUUGUUGUUUUACUAUGAUCUAAGACAAAAAUUCUGUGGAAUAAAUUCUGAGCACAUUGUCACAAAUUGAAUUUUGUUUCUUAUUUAGGGAAGAAGAGCCCGAUGAAGCAGUUCAUGGUCACAUCACCUCCUUGGUAGGAGAACUGAUAAAAUAAUUUAAUUGAUGAAAUGCCACUCUCCUGAGCUACCAAUUGAAGGGGUAUGGAAAAAAGUCCCAAGUCACUCUUGAUAAGCUGAUAGAUUCUCCCUCUAAAAUGCCUUGUAUUUUCCUUUCAGAAACAAAAGGAGAAUUUAACAUUACAUCAAGAGUCAUUUAGGACCUUUCCACAUACCUUUUCAAUUUGAAACUUCUAUCUACCCAGUUAAGUUUUAAAAAAAUUAUCUGACUACUGUCUUACAGUUCAGCUGGGAAAACCGUGAACACCUGAAAUAUGCCAGGAAUGCUUAUUGUUUUUUAGCCAAUCAAGUUUGAGGAUUUCACAUUCCAAAAUGGCAAAGUUAUUAACCGUGUUAAAAUAUUAGUCAUGGUUAAGCAAAAUCAAAAGAAUGGAAAAGGUUAAAUUUUGCUUAAAGUGAUGUUAAAAAAUUAUUGUAAAAGAUAUUCAAAUAAUAACUUUCAUUAUAUUUAUUCAUAACUGACUUUAAAAGUGAAAGGUAGGAGGCCAACACCCUAAAUACGGCUUUUUAUGACUCUUUUUUAGACCAAUGUGCAAGUAAUAAUAAUAAUAAUAAUAAUGCCUUUAAUUAAUGAGGGUAACUCUAAAUAGCCCAAGUCUAAUAAACUCGUGGCCCUUAAAACACAAUCUUACAGCAUAAGUAUAAGUUCAAAGGUCCCAUAUAAGAGCUGUAUAGUCAGCCAGAAGGUCAUUUUAUGGAUAUUUUUUAUGCUUUACUUGCAGGCUGUUAAACGUUCUCAUAGGAGAUUGGGCUUGGCACAAAAGCUCAUGGAACAGGUUUUAUCAUCAUGUUGUUUUUACUACUGUAAAAUAUUCUCUUGCAUUAUUUUAAAAUGUUACUACAAGCUCUUUGUCUGAAAAAUUUUUGUCCACAGGUGUCAUUGUCAUUCAAGUUUUUUAAUGUGGCAUGUUUUGGUAGAAACAUCUGGCCUCUUUUUUUACACAUUUUAUGUGUUUUUCCUCAUAAAUUUCCAUGUAUUGUUAACAGUCACACACCAUUGAACUUGUCCUCAGGAAGCUUAAGAGUUAUUUUAUUUUGAACAGUUUUGCUGUUUACUUAAUUAGUUACUGUUUCAAAUUGCAGGCUUCUCGAGCUAUGGUUGAAUGUUUCAAUGCUCAGUAUGUUUCUCUUCAUGUAAGAAAAAGGUAUUGAAAUUAAAAAAAAAUUCAAAUAUGUUAUCAAGAUAUUUUUUCUGUUGUUAUGUGUUGGUUAGCAGAAAAUCAAAGAUUUUUUCCUCUAAUGGUGCUUAUCACCAUAUUAACAUCUUUCAACAGCAAUAGAGCCGCUCUUCAUCUUUACAACAAGACCCUUGGCUUCAGGUAGGAGAUGCUUAACUUUUAAUAAAACUAAAAAGACCAUUCUUUAUCUUAUCAGUUAUUCCCUUGUCUUCCCAAAUCUCAAGGGAAAACUACAGGUUUUACUUUGUAAAUGCGUACAUCCUAAGAUAUUGAUACCUCCAUCAGGUCAGAGAUUUUCUCUUAGGUCCCCACCCCUCUGGGAAAAUUCCUACGUAACUGUAAUUAACUCUUUUAAUUUUUUGAGACCCCCUCCUCCCCCAGAAAUUUCCAAUACCUCAAGUUGGGGAGGAGGCAGUUUAGAGAGGCCCUGCCAGGGUAAAUUCCGACAAGCAACAUGGCCUAAAAAGUAGCGACAGCGCGUAAAAUGAAAUCGCGACAAGAGACAACCUCCCUUGGCCAAAUUGCAACAGUGACGGGAAAGCGACAAUAAGCGACAAGCAUUUAUAAACACUGACACAAGACGUUUUAAAAUUCAGACGGGUGACAUUGGACCCCCCCCUUGGCGGGGCCUCUAUAGAGAUUUCCAGAACUACACACACAAGCAAAUACAUCUAGUUCCAGUCAAGAUAUUAACAAAAAGUAUCCUUUCUUUGUACCUGCAGCAUUUCUGAGAUUGAACCAAAGUACUAUGCUGAUGGUGAAGAUGCAUAUGCUAUGAAGAGAGAUCUGACUGGUUUAAAACUGGAAGUAUGUUUUCUCACUAAUGCCAUUACCUGUGUACAGCUAUCUUAGUUCUGGUCCUUUUGGCCAUCACAACAGAAUAUUGUUUUGGUUCCAAAAACCAUCUAUACUGCAUUAUCAAAUGUUCGUGUAAAUAUUGAAAACCAAGGUGCAAAGAAAAUCAUUUUUACAGCUUGCCAUUCAGGCAAGCUGAAGCUAGCAUUUACUAGCCCAGAUGUCGUUUCAACUAGCCCCCAAAAAACUUUUUGACCGGCAGAAUUGAUUUCUUAGUUCUUCUGUUAAUCAAAUUCCUCAAAAAACAUCCCUUGCCCGUCGGGCAAGUUAAAAACAGAAUUCAUUAGCCUGAUAGCAAAAUCCACUGGCCUCAGGCUAUCAGACACUACUUUCUUUGCACGCUGAAAACUCAUUCUUAUUAAUAUGAUCUCUUUCUCUUGCUUCAGGAAAAGACUGCUGUUGAUAAAGAUGUAGCAGCACUAACCGUUAGAGACCAAGACAGACCAUCAGAAAAGAAAGAGGAUGGUCACGAUCACAGUCCUUCAUCUCACAAAUGUUGUCCAGGCCCCACCCAUGGGCAUUCUCAACCUCACCCUCGUCAUGUGAAGGACGAGGCACCAAGCAGAUGCCCUCGAACUACACUCGAAGGAAAGAAGGACACUGGGCAUGAAGGAUCUUAG